AUGUCUUUGCCACAACGCGUAGCGAAUCGCGACCAGCAAAUGCUCGUUAUUGAGCUUCGAGACAUUCCAGAUCGAGAGCUUGUCUCGCGGAUACGAAACAACACACGUCGAUAUGUGAACCUCUUCAGUCAGGUCGUCGAUGAACUCAUGCCUACGCCAACAAAAGACAUCAGCGAGUCUGACGAAGUCAUCGAUGUGAUCCUGCAUCAACGGCGAGAACGCAACGAACAGUUAGAUGCUGCUCAGGACAAAUUUCCCGCCCAUCUCCUGAGGCGAUACAACCUGUAUUUCCAGCCACUACCUUCCGACACACCAAUGGCAGUCAGGGACGUCAAGGGCGUUCAUCUCGGGCGCCUCAUCACUGUCCGGGGCAUAGUAACCCGUGUGUCGGAAGUCAAGCCGCUGCUACUUGUGAACGCAUACACCUGUGACGUCUGUGGAUCGGAGACGUUCCAAGAUAUCUCCAGCAAGUCCUUUCAGCCCAUCGUUGACUGUCAAAACGAGAACGAAUGCAAGAAGAACGGCAUCCAUGGUUCGCUCCACAUGCAGACGCGCGCAUGCCGAUUCAGUCCCUUUCAGGAGGUCAAAAUCCAGGAGAUGGCUGAUCAAGUACCUGUUGGGCACAUUCCUCGUUCCAUGACGGUCCACGUUCACGGAAAUCUUACGCGCAUGAUGAACCCCGGAGACGUCGUUCACCUCGGCGGCAUAUUCCUUCCUGUCCCAUACACCGGCUACCAGGCAGUUCGGGCCGGUCUUCUGACGGACACCUACCUCGAAGUGCAUCACAUUCUCCAACUCAAGAAACAGUACGACGAGAUGGAAAUCACUCCUCAAGUCCAGGCGGAGUUGGAAAAGCUGCGCCAGGAUCCUGAUAUCUACAACAAGCUCGCGCAAAGUAUCGCACCCGAAAUCUACGGUCAUGCGGACGUCAAGAAGGCGCUGCUUCUGCUUCUUGUGGGUGGUGUCACGAAAUCCAUGGGCGACGGCAUGAAGAUUAGGGGAGAUAUCAAUGUCUGUUUGAUGGGCGACCCUGGUGUUGCGAAGUCCCAACUUCUAAAGUACAUCUCGAAAGUCGCCCCUCGUGGUGUCUAUACUACCGGCAAAGGAUCUUCCGGGGUCGGUCUGACCGCUGCGGUCAUGCGUGAUCCCGUCACAGACGAGAUGGUGCUGGAGGGUGGCGCACUUGUCCUUGCGGAUAACGGGAUUUGCUGCAUCGACGAGUUUGAUAAGAUGGAAGAGUCUGACCGAACCGCGAUACACGAGGUAAUGGAACAACAGACCAUUUCGAUAUCGAAGGCCGGCAUUUCAACGACAUUGAACGCGCGUACUUCCAUUCUGGCGGCAGCAAACCCUUUGUACGGACGCUAUAACACCAAAGUCUCUCCAGUGGAGAACAUCAAUCUUCCUGCCGCUCUUCUGUCGCGUUUCGAUCUGCUUUUCCUCAUUUUGGAUAAGCCAUCAAGAGAUGACGAUGAACGCCUUGCGUUCCACGUUACAUACGUUCAUAUGCACUCGUCACACCCGAAGCUCGAGUAUGACCCCAUCAACCCGGUACUAAUGAGGCAUUACAUCGCGCUAGCAAGGCAAAGGCGUCCCACCGUGCCCAACCAGGUUUCGAACUAUGUUGUCGAUUCCUACGUCCGUUUACGCAAGAGCUCGAAGGACGAGGAACAGCAGAAGAAGUUGCAUACCUAUACCUCCGCUCGUACCCUCCUGGGCAUUCUCCGUCUUGCGCAAGCUCUCGCGCGAUUGCGCUUCUCUGAUACCGUUCAUCAUGAGGAUGUCGAUGAGGCGCUACGUCUGAUGGAGGCUAGCAAGGAGAGCCUGGAGGAUGACACCGAACAAGAGCGUGGUCCCGACCAAUCAGUAGUCAGCAAGAUUUACAGGCUGAUCAAGGAUAUGGCUGCAGCGCAGCGUGCGUCAAAGGCACCUCGGGCGAAGAGGCGCAAGACGAAACGAUUCGGAAGGGGCCCUGGAAGAGAAAGAGACUCGGAUGGAGACGAGGACGAGGAGAACGUCGACGAGCUGUCGAUUACCGACAUUCGACAACGGAUCGUGGUUGCAAAAGGGUUCAGGGAAGAUGAUCUAGCCCGCACUAUCGAUCAGUACGAAGAUAUGGAUGUAUGGAUUCGCGUAGCCAACGACACCAAGUUACGUUUCGUAAACGCCUCCUGAAGAACAACGUCCGUGGGUCUGCAAUCCUGUAUUACUAUAUUAUACAUUUUGGUCGUCGCACUGCUAUCCGUGUAUUUACGUUUGUAAUCGUCAUCUUGGUUCAUGC